AUAUCUGCCCCUUUGCCCUAAUUACUCAUCCGCCCCAAUCCAAUCACUCUCUCAAUUCCCUCCGUCAUCGCCACCGUCAAUCCACCACCCUUCUCACUCCACCGGCGAUGGAUCCUCAAGUUCAACAAGCACAGCUAGCGGCAAUACUCGGAGCCGAUCCAGCGCCGUUCGAAACCCUAAUCUCUCACCUCAUGUCUUCAUCCAACGAGCAACGAUCGCAAGCAGAACUUAUAUUCAAUCUAUGCAAACAAACCGAUCCAAACAGCCUCUUUCUCAAACUCGGCCACAUGCUACAACUAUCUCCUCAUAUAGAGGCUCGUGCCAUGUCAGCAAUUCUGUUACGGAAGCAGUUGACUCAGGAUGAUUCGUUAGUAUGGAACAUGUUAUCUUCUGAUACUCGUUCUUCAAUUAAAUCUAUAUUGUUAACUUGUGUGCAGAAAGAAGAGGCUAAUUCUAUAAUGAAGAAGUUGUGUGAUACGAUUUCGGAGCUUGCUUCGAGUGUUUUACCGGAUAACGGUUGGCCCGAGUUGUUACCGUUUAUGUUUCAGUGUGUUUCGUCGGAUAAUCCGAAGCUGCAAGAGUCAGCUUUUUUGAUAUUUGCUCAAUUGUCACAGUACAUUGGCGAGACGCUGAUUCCGCAUAUAAAGCAUCUGCACGGGGUGUUUUUGCAGUGUUUGACUACUUCUCCGAGUUCGGAUGUGCGGAUUGCUGCGUUGAGUGCAGUGAUUAAUUUCAUUCAGUUCUUGAGUUCGAGUGAUAGAGAUAGGUUUCAGGACUUGCUUCCUGCGAUGAUGACUACGCUUACGGAAGCUUUAAACGGUGGGCAAGAGGCGACUGCGCAAGAGGCGUUGGAGUUGUUGAUUGAGUUAGCCGGGACCGAGCCGAGGUUUUUGAGAAGACAAUUAGUGGAAGUGGUUGGGUCUAUGUUGCAAAUAGCGGAAGCGGAGGCGUUAGAAGAGGGGACUAGACAUUUAGCGAUUGAGUUUGUGAUCACUCUAGCGGAAGCUAGAGAAAGAGCGCCUGGUAUGAUGAGGAAACUUCCGCAGUUUAUAAGCAGGUUGUUUGGUAUAUUGUUGCGUAUGCUCUUAGAUAUUGAGGAUGAACCCGCUUGGCAUACUGCUGAGAAUGAGGAUGAGGAUGCUGGAGAGUCUAGUAAUUAUAGUGUCGGUCAAGAGUGUCUUGAUCGGUUGGCUAUUGCUUUAGGUGGGAAUACGAUUGUUCCUGUUGCCUCUGAGCAGUUACCGGCUUAUUUGGCCGGUACUGAAUGGCAGAAACGUCAUGCUGCACUUAUUUCUCUUGCGCAAAUCGCUGAGGGAUGUUCAAAGGUAAUGAUCAAGAAUUUGGAGCAAGUGGUGUCGAUGGUUUUGAAUUCGUUCCAAGAUCCUCACCCACGUGUGAGAUGGGCUGCAAUUAAUGCAAUUGGGCAAUUGGCUACUGACUUAGGGCCAGAUUUGCAGGUUCAGUAUCACCAAAGAGUGCUUCCAGCUUUAGCCACUGCUAUGGAUGACUUUCAAAAUCCACGAGUUCAGGCACACGCUGCUUCAGCAGUGCUAAAUUUCAGUGAAAACUGCACCCCUGAUAUCUUAACACCCUAUUUGGAUGGAAUAGUGAGCAAACUGCUUGUAUUGCUACAGAAUGGUAAACAAAUGGUACAAGAAGGGGCCUUGACUGCUCUAGCAUCAGUUGCUGAUUCAUCACAGGAACACUUCCAAAAAUAUUAUGAUGCGGUUAUGCCCUAUUUAAAAGCUAUACUAGUGAAUGCGAAUGAUAAAGCUAAUCGUAUGCUUCGAGCGAAAGCUAUGGAAUGCAUUAGUUUGGUUGGAAUGGCUGUCGGGAAAGAAAAAUUUAGAGAUGAUGCCAAGCAGGUGAUGGAAGUGCUCAUGUCAUUGCAAGGAUCUCAAAUGGAGACCGAUGAUCCCACCACCAGUUACAUGCUUCAAGCGUGGGCCCGGCUAUGCAAGUGCCUAGGACAAGACUUCCUCCCAUAUAUGAGUGUUGUCAUGCCUCCACUGCUUCAGUCUGCUCAACUCAAACCUGAUGUCAUCAUUACCUCAGCGGAUUCAGAUAAUGAAAUUGAUGAAUCAGACGAUGAAAGCAUGGAGACGAUCACACUUGGUGAUAAAAGAAUAGGGAUCAAGACUAGUGUUCUAGAGGAGAAAGCAACAGCUUGCAACAUGUUGUGUUGUUAUGCCGAUGAGUUGAAGGAGGGUUUUUACCCAUGGAUUGAUCAGGUUGCCCCAACCUUGGUGCCACUUCUGAAGUUUUAUUUCCAUGAAGAAGUUCGAAAAGCAGCUGUUUCCGCCAUGCCUGAGUUGUUGAGGUCUGCAAAGUUAGCCAUAGAGAAAGGUUUAGCUCAAGGUCGUAAUGAAUCUUAUAUAAAACAGCUCUCUGACUACAUAGUCCCCGCUUUGGUUGAAGCUUUGCAUAAGGAACCUGAUACGGAAAUCUGUGCAAGUAUGCUGGAUGCUUUAAAUGAAUGUAUACAGGUAUCUGGACCACUUCUAGAUGAAAACCAGGUGAGAAGCAUCGUGGACGAGAUAAAACAGGUGAUCACCGCAAGUUCAAGUAGAAAAACCGAAAGAGCCGAAAGGGCUAAAGCUGAAGAUUUUGACGCUGAGGAAGGAGAACUGCUUAAAGAGGAAAACGAGCAAGAAGAAGAAGUCUUUGACCAGAUUGGUGAAAUACUUGGAACAUUAAUAAAAACAUUUAAAGCCUCUUUCCUGCCUUUCUUUGAUGAGAUGUCGUCGUAUUUGAUGCCUAUGUGGGGCAAGGACAAAACAGCUGAAGAAAGGAGGAUUGCUAUUUGCAUCUUCGAUGAUGUGGCAGAGCAAUGUCGUGAAGCCGCUCUAAAGUAUUACGAUACAUAUCUUCCUUUUCUUCUUGAAGCGUGCAAUGACGAGAGUCCAGAUGUUCGACAGGCAGCUGUAUAUGGACUUGGAGUCUGUGCAGAAUAUGGCGGUUCUGCUAUAAAACCACUUGUUGGAGAGGCUUUAUCAAGGCUAAAUGUUGUAAUUAGACACCCUAACGCUCUUCAGCCUGAAAAUGUUAUGGCGUAUGAUAAUGCUGUUUCUGCUUUGGGGAAAAUAUGUCAGUUUCAUCGGGAUAGUAUCGACUCCACUCAGAUUAUUCCCGCAUGGUUAAGCUGUUUGCCAAUUAAAGGAGAUCUUAUUGAGGCUAAAGUUGUUCACGAACUACUUUGUUCGAUGGUGGAAAGGUCAGACAUGGAACUUCUGGGCCCCAACAAUCAAUAUGUGCCCAAAAUAGUUUCGGUAUUUGCUGAGAUUCUUUGUGCUGGAAAGGAUCUUGCAACAGAACAAACAAUUAACCGAAUAGUCAACCUACUGAGACAACUUCAACAAACGCUGCCACCCGCCACCUUUGCAUCAACAUGGGCAUCCCUGCAGCCACAGCAGCAACUUGCGAUACAAUCCGUCCUUACAUCUUAAACAUCAUCAUUCAUCAUAUACAUAUACACACAAGAAGCUUCUAGAAACAUCCGCUUCUCGCUCUUUGUGGAAAUUGGUGUUGGUUUUUUAAGCGAGUCACCCAUUCUUUGCGACAUAAGAUCAUUUUUUCAGCGUGAUGUCAUGCAACAACCUCGGAUGGGUUGUUUGGUUGGUUGGUUGAGUGUGAACAAAAUGGGAAGAAAAGUUGUUUGAUAUUUGAUUUUGUAUAUUGGUACUAUUUUCGGGUCGGGUUCGUGUUGUUUGGGUCAGUCUGUCGCCAAGAGUUGUUUUAGGAAAGCAACUUUGGUUGGAGUUUUGGGUGGUUCAUUAUUUUUGAUAUGUUGUGACAUAAAUUCAUUAACUUAUUAAUUUGGUGUUUAAAACUGAAUAUUUAUGUUUAUUUGAUAAAAACAAGCAUAGUGUUUUUUUUUAA